AUGGAUCUUGAUCAAACACACUGUAAUUUUAACUUUCCGUUGGCAGAUCCUUUCUUUUACCAGAGUUCAAGUAUUGAUAUGCUCAUCGGAGCAGAUCUUUAUCCAGAUAUAGUUUUGGAAGGGGUGAAGAAAAAUGUUUUAAAUUCUUUAUUAGCACAAAACACAGUUUUUGGAUGGGUUUUACUCGGUCCUUAUGACGAUAUUUCCAUUAUUUCAAAUUUUUCCACUUUUGUCUCGUAUAGUGACGAGCCUCCACCAAGUCACUGUAUUGAAAGAUUUUGGAAAAUCGAGGAAUUAUCUCAAAUUUACCUACUUUCUCCAUCCGACCAAUAUUGUGAAGAUUUAUAUCGAAGUACAACUUUUCGAGAUGCAACUGGAAGAUAUAUUGUUAAAUUACCCUUUAAGAAUCCUACGGAAGAACCGCAGUUGGGUACUUCACGUUUCAAUGCAAUGAAACAAUAUCUUCGAAACGAAAAAGGUUUAAAGUCUAAGCCCAUUGUUAAAACAGAAUACGAUAGAGUCCUUUCUGAGUAUAUUGAAUUAGGUCAUAUGUCAUCCACGCCACCUUACGAGUUGUGGAACGAUGGUUGUGUUCAAUCUUUCUAUAUGCCACACCAUGCUAUUUUUAAGCCCCAAAGUAUCACUACAAAACUGAGAGUCGUUUUCAACGCAUCUUGCUCAUCCUCCAAUGGCAACAGCCUUAACGAUCUUUUGUAUCCAGGUCCCGUUCUACAAAGUGACAUUACGUUGCUCCUUCUUAACUGGCGUUUCUAUAGAUACGUUUUCAACGGUGAUAUUGAAAAAAUGUACCGCCAAAUUGGUAUUGAUCCUGAUCAUGCACAAUAUCAACGCAUUUUAUUCCGUCCCAAUGGGGAUCAAAAGGUCGUCGAUUAUAAUUUAAACACUGUCACCUUCGGAGUAAAUUGCGCUCCAUAUCUCGCAAUACGCACUCUUCAUCAAUUAUCAUCCGAUGUUGAAAACAGUUUCCCUUUGGAUAUUUUAUCAGCACGUAGAGCACAGACGGAACUUAUAACGGCUCUGCGAUCCGCUGGUUUUUAUUUAAGAAAGUGGGCAGCUAACGAUUCUGAAUUAUUAAAUCACAUUCCCAGGGAAGAUCUUUUAAACAAAGAUUUCUUAACUAUCAAAGAUGACAGUUCAACAAAAACACUUGGUGUUCAAUGGAACGCCUCCACUGACACUUUUUCCUUUUCAACCAACCCACAAAGUUUAUCCGUGGUUUCUACAACCAAACGCGAUGUUUUAUCAGCCAUCUCAAGAUUGUAUGAUCCUGCAGGUUGGCUUGCACCCGUUGUUGUAACUGCGAAAAUAAUCAUCCAACAAAUUUGGAAAGAUGGAACUGAGUGGAAGCAAAAUCUUAAGGCUCUCACCCAUCAAAAGUGGAAAUCUUUUAUAUCCGAUUUCUCGGAAAUAGAGAAAAUCACUAUUCCUCGUUGGGUGGAUUAUUCCCCUUGGAAAAAAAUGCAACUUCACGGUUUCUCGGAUGCCUCCGAAAAGGCUUAUGCGGCCACUGUUUAUGUUCGGGUCCGUCAUGAUUCUUCGUUAGAAUCUCAUUCAUUAUGGGCCAAAUCUAAAUUUGCGCCUGUUAACACACUUUCACUUCCUCGCCUUGAACUCCAAGGUGCAUAUCUUCUGUCACGUAUGAUUCGAAUACUACUCAAUCAAUUUGAUUUUUUAAACAAUAUCCCUAUUCAUCUGUGGACUGAUUCCACAAUUGUUCUUGCGUGGCUUAGCAAACCACCAAGUACUUGGAAAACCUUUGUUGCUAAUCGAACUUCAGAAAUUAUAACGAACGUUCCUGAUGUACAAUGGAGUCAUGUUCCCUCUGCUGAUAAUCCCGCCGAUUUGGCGAGUCGUGGUAUCUCCCCUGGAGAACUUAAAUCAAAUCAAUUAUGGUGGACCGGACCUAAUUGGUUACAAGAACCAAAAUUAAGUUGA